AUGAGACCUAUGCUGUGCAUGGUGGGCGGCCUGCGGCUACGAGCCAUCACAUGUGCCAAAGCAGCCCCGUGUCAUGGACGGGGUCAGAUCCGAUUGCUUGCGACGGGCUCGUCAGACGAUAAAAGACCGUCCACAGCGAAAUUCCGCGUGCGUCCGACAACACCGCCGCCACGAUACCCGCCGCAGAAAGCACCUGAGCCCAUUCUUUUUGAUGAGCCAGCUGUACCAUUUCCGCACCGCACAGCAAAUCAGCACGCGGCUUUCCGUCGCGGCUCGCGACUUCUUUCGUAUGUGCUAGGAGUGACUCUCGUGCUCGGUGGCACUGUUUAUGUUGGCUGGAACAAACUCUCAGCAGAUGCAGGCACGACGAUGACCUCACCAUCAUCGCCGCCAUCGACAUCUUCUUUCUCGAGCCUAGAAUCGCUAUAUGCAGAUUUGAAGAAGAGUGUCUCUGACUCGAGUGCGUCGCAGACAGCCCAGUUUAUGAUUCUUGCACUGAAACGGUCGACGACUAUUAUCAAGGCUGUAGCUUUGUGUGUCUGGGACUACCGGCGUGUCCUGAAUGCGAAGUAUGCAUCAAAGGAAGAGGAGGAAGAAAGUCUGCGUAACUGUCACUUGCGCUCCGCACAGCGCUUGCUUGUUGCUUUGCAGACGAAUGGAGGCCUUUAUAUCAAGCUGGGACAGCACUUAUCGUCAGUGAUUCUGCUGCCGCCAGAGUGGACAACGACGAUGCGUCCGCUGCAGGAUCAAAAUGAGCCAACACCUUUGCCGGAGCUCGAGGUCCUCUUUCAACACGAAACAGGGAAAACGUUUGAUGAGGCCUUUUCUUGGCUGGAUGAAAAGCCUUUGGGUGUGGCAUCUCUUGCGCAGGUGCACCGCGCGUGUGAUCGAGAAACCGGCCAAAUCCUCGCUGUCAAGAUGCUGCACCCGAACGUGGAGCGGUUCUCCGACAUUGACAUGCGUAUGGUAACAAUUCUGGUGAACUGGGUCAAGCGAGUGUUUCCUCAGUUCGCCUUUGAUUGGCUUGCUGAUGAAAUGAACAAGAACCUGCCGUUGGAACUGGAUUUCCGACACGAGGCUGGCAACUCACUGCGCGCGCAAAAGGACUUUGCCCAGUACAAGUCGACAUGUGUGUACUUCCCCAAGGUACCAUGGGUCCACAAGCGUGUGAUGGCAAUGGAGUUUGUUAAGGGACAACGGCCGGACAACCUUGCAUUCCUGGCUGAACACCACAUCGACAGAAAUCGCGUGUCACAGGAACUUGCUCGCAUCUUCUCACAGAUGCUGUAUAUGCACGGCUUUUUCCAUGCCGACCCACACGGUGGCAAUGUGUUGAUUCGUCCACGACAGCCUGGCUCGCGAUCCGCGGAGAACUUCGAGAUUGUGCUCCUGGACCACGGCCUGUACUUUGAGAUCGAUGAGGAGCUGCGUGCAAACUACGCGCGGUUUUGGCUCUCGUUGAUCUCACGCUCGUCGCCGAAAGUUACAAGAGAGCGCCGCAAAUAUGCAAGGCUUGUUGGCAACAUCGACGACGAUCUCUACCCGGUGUUGGAAAGUGCGAUCACCGGUCGCUCAGGCUUGGAAGGUAGUGACAACAAGAAUCCAACAGGCGUGAAGGGAAAGCAGCGCAAGUCCUCUCUUCUGGAUCUCGAUUCAAGCUCGCGCCUGUCUGAUGACGAAAAAGACCACAUUCGUAAGACUGUGAUGGAAAAAGAGGGGCUUCUUGUGGAUGUUAUGGCGCUACUUCGCCGCGUCCCACGUGCAAUGCUCAUGGUACUAAAGAUCAAUGACCUGACGCGCGCUUUGGACGCGAACUUGCACACAACGCAUGGAUCUGCACGUCCUUUUAUCAUCACUGCGCGGUACUGCGCAAUGGCUGCGCGUCGUGACGAUAAGGAACGACUGACGGCGCGCCGACGGUCGGAGGGGAUUUCGUUCGGCUUCGUGAAGUCGUAUCUCUCGUCCUGUUGGAACUAUAUGUACUUCUAUCAUGGCCUCAUGUUCCUUGAGCGCUUUUCCGAUAUCAAGGCUUACUUCGGUACAUGGGCUCUGUAUAUCCGCGCUAUGCUAUCGGAUGGCGGUUUUGACACCAGGGCGGCGCAUCUUGCAGCAUCAGGCGUUUUUGCGCAAGAAGAGGAACAGAAAAAAGAGCGUGAGGCGGGUGAGCGCGCGAAGCUAGCGCUCAAGUCCGAUGCUAGCAGCAACAACUAUGCGUAG